CUUGCAGUGGCGGACAUGCUGGUUGGACUUCUGGUGAUGCCCAUCGCUCUUCUAAAUAUUCUGUUCAAUUCUGAGUGGCUGUUACCCUGUGAGAUAUGUCCUAUCUGGAUAUUCUUGGAUGUUCUUUUAUCCACAGCCUCAAUUAUGCAUCUGUGUGCAAUCUCGUUAGACCGCUAUAUUGCUAUUAAAAAACCUAUUCAGCACAGUCGCUUCAACUCCAGGGCUAAAGUUCUCAUUAAGAUCACAGUAGUGUGGCUCAUCUCUAUUGGCAUUGCUAUUCCCAUCCCUAUCAAAGGCCUACAGGAUGAAACAAACACCUUAAUAAACAAAACCUGUUUCCUUAGAGUUGACACAUUUAAAAAUUUCAUGAUCUUUGGGUCACUGACUGCAUUCUUCAUUCCCCUUGCCAUCAUGAUAGUUAUCUACUUCUUGACAAUUCAAGUGCUGAGAAAGAAAGCAUACCUGGUUAGAGCCAAACCACCUCAACAGCUUAACUGGACUACUGUCUCAACCAUUUUUCAGCAAGAUCUUACACCAACCAAGUCUCCAGAGAAGGUUGCAAUGAUCGAUGGUUCACAAAAGAACAAGACAUUUUCCUGCACACCUGAGAAUAUACCUAUCCGAAGACUCUCCAGCUUGGGCAAAAGAUCCAUGCAGAGCAUCAGUAAUGAGCAACGAGCGUCCAAGGUUUUAGGAAUAGUAUUCUUCCUAUUUUUGGUGAUGUGGUGCCCAUUUUUUGUAACAAAUGUCACUUUUGCCAUCUGUAAGAACUGUGAUCAGAAACUCCUUGAAAAACUGAUGGAAGUUUUUGUUUGGGUGGGUUAUGUCUCCUCAGGAGUUAACCCACUUGUAUAUACUCUUUUCAACAAGACUUUUCGCAAGGCAUUUAGCCAAUAUAUUACAUGUGAAUAUAUAAGAAAGAAGGAUAUUAAAAUACUUAGGAAGUACUUCAGCCGGAUGUCAUUUCAAACAUCAAUCAAUGAAGACUCCAAGUUAUUCAAUACAAAAAAUGGAAUCAACCCAACGUACACUAGUCCCCUGCGGUUACGACCUGCCCCUGUCCAAACAACAAUAAUGCUGGACACUCUAUUGCUUGCUGAAAAUGAGACAGACAAAGCAGAAGAGGCAGUAAGCUAUGUAUAA